AUGGUAUACUUAGGAAACAAGGUCUUUCGAGGCAAGAAGGAGCAGGAGGCCUUCGACAAACUGUUUGCAGGCAGGUAUCAGAAGCUCCUUAAGAAGAAUCAUUUCCUUUUCUUCGGUCUCCCCUUCAUGUUGAGUAUAUUCGCUGGAUCCAUAUAUCUUCAGAAGUUCACUGCCGUGAAAUGGGAGAAAUACGAUGAAAGACACAGACAGUUGAGUGAGGACGAGAUGCUCGGAUUGAUUGACAAAAAGAGAUCUUUCGAUAAACGUGACGACUUCUAUAGACUCCAGGGUCUUUUGAAGGAUCACACUGACGACGUCAAGGACGACUACGAGAUUGUCCGUGUUCAGAGAAAGAAGGAGGAUGAGCCAGUCUGGUGA